AUGUCUACCAGAGAUAAAUGGGUGCGGCGGUUCUCAGUCGACGAAACCGCAAAACAUAAAAGUGGUUUUACUAUUUAUAAAAUAACAUCUGUUCUUUUCCCUAUAGAUUCCCCUGAAGCAGUGACAGUAGUAUCUGUAUGGAAAAGGUACAGCGAUAUUCAGCAAUUACACAAGAGUAUGAAGACAUUACAUGCUGGGUUAUACUUACGAGGAACAUUUCCACCUCUGGCUAAAAGUAGUUUCUUUAAACGAUUUCAACAAGAGGUGAUAGAAGAAAGAGCAAAAUCAAUAAAAGAACUAUUGGAGUUUGUGGCAGAACAUAAACUGCUUUUUACAAGUACAGAUUUUGUAAAUUUUCUUCAGUCUGGCUACCCUGAUCCAGAGCCAAAGGGAGUUAUAAAUGCAAUUAGAUCUUCUCUCCAGCUGCCUAUUGAAGAUGCACCUCCACUUGAGUAUCAGACAUCUGAUGAUGAUACCAAGAGUCCAGAGAAUAAAAAUCUUCAAUCAUCAACAACAAGUCCAGUACAUUCGAGUAUACCAACUGACAUAUCACAAAUACCAAUUUAUGAAGCCGCUGAUGUGGAAUUGCGAGAAUCGAGUCGAAAAACCGAUUCGAAUUCAAACAGUUUUGAGUCACUUAACUCACUCGAUAGUAUUUCCAGUGAUCUAUACGAUGAACUGAGUAAAGUUACUAUAAACCAAAUCAAGCCCCUUGUUAAGAAGAAUGUGUUGCCCGAUUUAAUAAAUUUUGAUGCGCCAUCCACGUCCAAAUUCGAUGAUUAUCACACAAUGCCAAAACGAUUCGAUGGAUCGAGUGUCGAUACGAUGUCGAUUAAUUCUUCUAUGAUAUCAGAGGUGGACGGAGUCGUUAAAGAAUCUAGAAAUCUAGGGAUCUCACAAAAUACAGAAACAAUGAGUAAAUAUGACACGGCUUCGUUGCGAUCGAUUGGGUUCGAAAGAACACGGCGCAAUUCGUCAUAUAGUGUUUUGUCCCUGUCUGGUAUGGAAUGUAAAACAAAGACAGAGGAUAGUUAUGUAUUCGAAGCUGGGUAUUUAUUAAAUUUGGCGGCGAGAAGUGAAGAUUUGGGUGAAUAUCAAAGGGCAUUCGAGUUCUACAAAUCUGGCAUUGAGAAGAUGCUUAUUGGUGUACAAUCUGAUUCGGAUCCGGAAAGGCGGGCGUUGAUAAAAGAAAAAACAAAUAAAUAUCUAUCGUAUGCCGAAGAUAUUUAUAAGAAUCAUUUGAGCGGCGCAGAACAAAGUCUAUUACCAGAGCGAGAGAUAGACACUCCAAAAUCCAUCCAUUGCGGGAUUCCCCUAUCAAUGCUUCGGCGACCGUAUGAAGAAUUGGCAAUGUAUCGCGUACUGGCAGUUCUUGGUAAUACAAUGAUGUUGGUACUGCAUAAGACUGAGCAAACUUGCUACGCCAUGAAGGUCAUUCAAAAAGUCCCACAAAAUCUAACAGAAUUUGACAAUUACUUCCAACGCACUCACGACACAAGAGAACCAAUUCUACCAACGCUCAUACCGUAUAUGGUGCCCCUUCACGCCUAUAUAGACACAAAUAACUUAAUUUUUCUCAUACUAUCAUACGCGCCUGGACAGAAACUAUUCGAUUAUAUCAAGAACUAUGCAAAAUCCGUCCCAAACACACCAAGGAGAGUGAAUUUAGAAAAUGUCUUCCCCAAAGAAACACAUUCCGAGAAUGAUGUUCCAACAGAUGUGAAUCGAAAUGAAGAAUUGUCGGUUAAGGAAUUGGUUACUAGUUCUCAGAAGUUGUUGUUAGACGUUGAUAAAGCGUUGACAGAGAAGGGUGAUAGUGAUGUGAAGAACGAGAAUAGUGAUGUGCCUAGUCCUAGUGUUAAGUUAUCAAAAUCGCCCCGUGACGUGCUUCCACCUUCAACAAUAUGUAUGUGGGGAGCGGAAAUACUGACUGCGUUAGAAAGUUUACACAACGCUGGUGUUAUUUGCCGUGACUUAAAUCCAUCAAACGUCCUCUUAUCUGAUGGUGGUCAGAUCAUUUUGACAUACUUCAUCCACCACUCCGGUAUGGAUAUGGCAUUAUCCCAAAUCCGGCGGUCUCCUUGGAGUAUAUACAUUGCCCCGGAGUUAUAUACUCAUGUUUAUAUGGAAGAGGAUGGAUUGGACAAAGUUUGUGAUUAUUGGAGCUUUGGGGCGAUCGUGUAUGAGCUUAUUUGUGGAGUGCCUUUAUCAGAGUACCACAAGUCAACGUUCACGAGCCAUACAAUCUUACAGCUUCCCGAAGGUCUCAGUGUUGAGGUGGAAUCUCUGCUCACUCAGCUCCUAACAUACGAGCCUUCGGAGCGUCUCGGCGGCGGUAAAGAUGGUAUAAACGAAAUAAAGGAACAUCCCUACUUUAAACAUAUCGACUGGCAACACGUCUACAAUAAUUGGAUCGUCCCGGAUUGA